ACCGCAUACAAAUUAAGAACAGUGAUGUCAUCGCGUCACGAAGAACACGGCAAUAGUCAGUGCCAUUGCAGCAAAUCAGCUACCGCGUCGCAAUCCUUCGAUGAGCUGGAGUUUGAGCGGGGUAUAUGGACUGUCGCAAUCGACAAUGAUGAAGCGAAGCUUCGCUCGCUCAUCGCCAAAGGACAUUUACACGACAAAGACAGAUCCGGAUACACGGCACUUCACUAUGCCGCCCGCAAUGGUCACAUGUCGAUUUGUUUGAUUCUUCUUGACAGUGGCAUCGGCAUAGAUGAAACAACUCACGGUGGAGCAACGGCGUUGCAUCGAGCUGCAAUGAUGGGACACACCCGCAUUGUGGAGCUACUUUUGCAGCGAAAAGCUAACCCAAUCCUGCAGGAUAGUGAUGGAAAAACGGCCCUUCACAGGGCCGUCGAGGGCAAUCAUUUCGAAACAUGUCAAAUUUUAUUCCAGCACAAUUCAACGCCUGCAACAAUACGCGAUAACAAGGGAAACACGCCGCUCGGCUUGAUCAGCGAUACAUCACCCCAAUAUCAACGGCUUAAGACGCUGUUCAGCGUAUAGAUUAUUCUAGAUCAAUAUCCGCAAUUUUCCUUUUCCUAAAUAUUUAUUAGCGUUGUGUUUCAGUUGGUUCAGUUCAGAUCGUCAACCGCGCACCAAAUUCUGCACUAUUUGAAUUUUAGCUUGUUGUUUAUUGAUUUGCUUGAUUUACGCGAAGCAAUAUAAAAUGUUGUUCAGCGUGACGGUGUAUAAAACAAUAGUCUACUUGUGAUAGUUGCUCAGAGAUGUAUUUAUAUUAAGUGUUAUUACCAACAAACGAAAGCAAAUUUCAUUCUAUUUCAAAUUAGAGUACGAUUUAGAAAUACGUACUAUGUACAAUGGCACAAAUAAAAUAUACUUUUCAUGUGAAACCUUAAA